AUGUCGGACAAAGCCUCCUACAGCCAGUUCGCCUGCAUCGGCACUGGAUUCUCUGGCAUAGCUCUGGGAUGCUCUAUCAAGCGUUGGUACGGCAUUUCAGACGUCCGUUUCUUUGAGAAAAACGAUGAUCUGGGCGGCACCUGGCUAGUGAAUCAAUAUCCAGGGUGUGCUUGUGAUAUUCCUAGCCUACUCUACAGCCUGUCUUUCGCCCCCAAUCCCGAGUGGUCCUCACCCCUGCCCUCCCAACAAGAAAUUUGGCAAUACCUCAACAAGACAGCCAUCCAAUAUGGCCUCCGUGACAAAAUGACCUUUAAUUCUACAGUUGAAAGAUGCGAAUGGGUUGAAGAAACUGGCCGUUGGCGCAUCACCGUCCGUAAUAACAUCUCUGGUAUUACGUAUGUCCAUGAAAGCCAGUUCCUCUUCAGCGCAGCAGGCAUUCUAGUCCAUCCUCGCAAGCCGGACCUCCCAAACAUUGAAAGCUUCGAUGGUCCUGUCUUUCACGCCGCUCAAUGGCGGCAUGAUGUUGACCUGACUGACAAAAGGGUCGCCGUCAUCGGCAAUGGCUGCUCGGCCGCACAAAUUGUCCCGGCGAUCAAAGACCAGGUGAAGCAUGUCACGCAGUUUGCGCGGUCCAAGCACUGGAUCACUCCCCCGAUGCCAGCUCCCAACACAGAGUUGUUCCAGUGGAUGUUUAUUAACAUACCAGGAGCCCUUGCCUUUUUCCGCUUCACCACAUUUCUACUGUGUGAAAGGAACAUGAAGGGCUUCUUCAUGAACAAGGCGGGUGCCGCGCAUCGCAGUUUUUUGACCGCCAAGGCCACGAAAUACAUCAAAGAUACGGCUCCCGAAGAGUAUCAUGACAUGCUAAUUCCCGACUUUGAGAUUGGCUGUAAGAGGCGCGUAAACGACAUGGGUUACCUUGCGAGCCUGCACUCCAAGAGCGUCACGCUCCGGAACGAUGCCAUUGAGGAGGUGACGCCUACUGGCAUCCGCUCAAGGGACGGGUUCACAGAGGCAGACGUCAUAGUGCUGGCAACUGGCUUUGACUCAAAUACAUUUUGCACAAAUAUUAACAUGGUCGGCCGAGGAGGCGUUACGGCCGAGGAGCAUUGGAGCUCUCUUGGUGGACCGGGGGCGUACAGCUCGACCAGCCUUUCUGGCUUCCCCAAUUUCUUUAUGAUACUGGGUCCGAAUACCCUUACAGGCCACACUUCAACCAUCAUGGCGGCCGAAAACAGCAUCAACUACUCUCUUCGACUGAUCAAACCCAUCCUGCAAGGCAAGGCUACUUCUAUUGAUGUCAAGCUUGACGCAGAGAAGCAGUACAUUGAUCAGAUUCAGACGGAUCUCAAGGGCACGGUGUUCAAUUCCGGGUGUGGCAGCUGGUACAAUAGGGCUAAGAAUGGAAUUGUGCACAACGCCAUGUCUUAUCCCUAUUCGCAGCCCAACUUUUGGUAUCGCUGUCUGUUUCCUGUCUACAGGGAUUUCAAGUAUGAUACUGCCAAAAAUCAACCCCGUCAAGAGGUCUGGAAACGAGCCGCUCGGUAUCUUGUCUACGCUGCUGCGUCUCUGUCUAGCUUAAGCUUGAUGAUAUCUGGCAGCAAGAAUAUGUGGGAUUUGACAAGCUAUGUGUCUUUCUUGCAAGAUCAGGCAAGCGUAUUUGGGAAUGGCCUCGCGGCAUACGCAAAACUGCGCAGCAAUUAG